UGCCAUUUCACGACUAAAAGGAAGCUAUUGGCAAAAACAUACGGGUUCUGGAGUAGACCUAGAAGUUGAACUAAUGAUAAGCAAUAGCUCUACAAAACUAGCUAGCUAACCGUCAUGCUAAUAGAGUGGGCUGAUUAAUGUAGGUCGGGUUACCGCUUUGUUCUUAGAUGUCGUCCUGUACUGUAGUCCUUUAGUUUCUUUCGGGUGGCUUAUCCAGCGUUUGUACAGGUUAGUCAUUAACACGUUAAAAUUCGGCCCAGUUGGUUGUUGAUCUAGCUUGUAAUGUAAAAAAAAAUCAGCAUAUUAGGUAUCUAACUAUUAAACAAGGGAUAGUUGACUAUCUUGCUCUAUUGAAUUUUGAUCCAUAGGUUACUGUGCCCCAACAGUUUUAGCUGGCAACAUAACGUUUGCUUGUUUUUGCAGCUGAAGAUGGAUUGAAGCUACAGUAGCUAGCUCUAUUAGUCUAAGCUAAAAUAGCUAGCAUGUGUAUUCAGAUAGAUUGGGAGCAUUGCAAACAAUUGGCUAGCUAGCUAAAAAAGGCGUCCUUGUUACCACCGUUACUGUACUUACAAACAAGAAGCAAACAAAGGUGUGAUAUAUCUGGGAUUGUUUUUGAGCCUAUGCCACAAGCUACCAAACAUUGUCGUGGAAUUUUAUGAAAAGUUAGUUUUGUUCUAACUGCGACCACAGUUGACUGUAUAAGCAUUACUUUCAUCCUCCAUAAAGUAACGAAAAAAUGUCGGAAAACCAGGCUAACGUAAACAAUAACAUCCCACUAAAUAACAACGGUGGGGUGAACAGGAUGCGAAAUCCUAACAUCAACCAGAACCCACUGAUCAAUGUAAGAGACAGACUUUUUCACGCCCUCUUCUUCAAGAUGGCAGUGACUUACGCCCGGCUGUUUCCACCGUCUUUCCGGAGAAUCUUUGAGUUUUUCGUCCUUUUGAAGGCCCUGUUUGUACUGUUCAUUCUGGCAUACAUCCAUAUUGCCUUCUCCCGUUCACCUAUCAACUGUCUGGAACAUGUAAGGGAGAAAUGGCCACGUGAUGGUAUUCUGCGUGUAGAAAUUCAACGCAACUCCAGCAGGGCACCUAUAUAUCUGCAGUUCUAUGAAAUUGACAGUAUUCAGGGUCUGGUGAAGAAACCUGAAGGAGAGGUGGAAAGAGAAUUCCAUGGCGGAGCAGCAGGUGGAUUGGACCUGUCUGCUUUAAAUCAGGAAGAGGAGGAAGAUGAUGAAUUGACCCUGGAGAUGUUUGACAACAGCUCAGUACAGUUUGAGCUAGACAUUGAGCCACGUCUGAAGUCCCCACUGAAAGGUGGUGUUGGUGACAGCAGUGGACAGGGAGGAGGGGGAUUCAAUGAGAGCCAGGAUCCAUCCUUCAGCCAAGUGCCCACGAAAGUAUGGCCUCAGGAAGAGUACAUAGUGGAGUACUCUCUGGAGUAUGGCUUCCUCCGGCUCUCCCAAACCACCCGACAGCGACUCAACAUCCCCGUCAUGGUGGUCACUCUAGAUCCUCUGAAAGAUCAGUGCUUUGGAGAUGGUUUCAGCCGCUUUCUCCUGGAUGAGUUCCUCGGCUACGAUGAUAUCCUCAUGUCCAGUGUCAAGGCUCUGGCUGAGAAUGAGGAAAAUAAAGGUUUCCUUAGGAAUGUGGUAUCUGGUGAACACUACAGAUUUGUAAGCAUGUGGAUGGCUCGCACCUCUUACCUGGCAGCUUUUGUCAUCAUGGUCAUAUUUACCCUGUCAGUCUCUAUGCUUCUGCGUUACUCCCACCACCAGAUUUUCGUUUUCAUAGUGGACUUACUGCAGAUGUUGGAAAUGAAUAUGACCAUUGCCUUCCCUGCAGCUCCUCUGCUCACCGUCAUUCUGGCCCUUGUGGGCAUGGAAGCCAUCAUGUCAGAAUUUUUUAAUGACACAACCACAGCCUUCUAUAUCAUCCUAAUUGUGUGGUUGGCUGACCAGUAUGAUGCUAUCUGCUGCCACACCAACACCAGCAAACGUCACUGGCUGAGGUUCUUCUAUCUGUAUCACUUUGCGUUCUACGCCUACCACUACCGUUUCAAUGGGCAGUACAGCAGCCUGGCACUGGUUACUUCCUGGCUCUUCAUACAGCACUCAAUGAUCUAUUUCUUUCACCACUACGAGCUACCUGCCAUCCUGCAGCAGAUCCGCAUCCAGGAGAUGCUGCUACAGAACCAGCAGGCGGGCCAGGGCAACCAGACAGCCCUGCAGGACAAUAUCAACAAUAAUACAACUUCAACGAGUGCAACCCAAGGCUCUAUUCCUGCUGCCAUAGCUCCAGCUCAGGGAGGGGAAGCAAUUGAUCAGAACAGCACACCAAGAGAACCCCAAGCUGCCACCCAGGGCCAAGGUCCCAUGCAGGGAUCUCAGCCCAGCAACCUCGCAAUGAGGGGUGAAGUUACAUCAGACCUGAACUGGAUGGCAGAGACUGCCACCAUCCUCACUGAGGCAUUUUCCACCUCGGCUCCUCAGCAGCUUGGUGAAUUCCUGCUGGAUAGUGCAGAAGGGUCUGGAGUGGAGUUGGUUGAGGUUGAUGGAGUGGAGAGUUCAGAAAAAGGCCUCAGCGUAGUGGCAGAGAUUCAGAUGGGAGCAGUAAGUGGAGGUGAAGCGGCAGGGGGAGUUGGAGAUACAAAUGCUGGUAGUCCCAGUAAGGUAGCAGUAGAAUUCAAAAGCAUAGGUGAUUUUAGUCACAGUGCACAUGCUUCAGGCCCACUGUUUUGUCACUCUGUUCAAAACGAAGGUACCCAAAGAGGAGAGACUGACCCUCAGAUGUUCAGCCCCCCCUCUUCCCAAACGGACUGUAGAGAUAGCUCCUUGGCACCCAUAUCCACACCCAAGCAGGCCAAGACAGACUGGGACUCCAAGAAAUAUGACCCCUCAAAUUCUAUCAAACCCACUCAAUGUUGAGUCCACUUAUCACUUUCUUGCAUUAUGUAUGCUUUAAUAGUCAUUCACAAUGCAAAGUGGAACAGAGGAGAGGGGAAAAAACAGAAAUGGACUGGUACAAAAUGUGCCCUUCUGCAUAUUAGCUGUGGACUGGGGUACCUUUUUAGUUUUCAACUGCAAAAGGCCGGACUUAUCAGUUUCAUGGUUUUUUUGGAAGUAUGUUUAGAACGUGUCACAUUUCAGGUAAGCAUUUGUAAUCAUUUUAAGGCUACUAUGAUUUGAUUACCAUGUGAUUUAGUCAUGAAUGAUUAUUAAAGAAAUACACAUUUCCAAAAUUGUGUUCAACUAAAGAUUGUACAACAAAGACCAAGAUUUGAACCCACGGUGUCUGUCUCACCUAAUUCAUUUACUGUGCAUAUGUGCAGUUUGAUACAACUCAAUGGUAACAUUUUUACCAAUUUGCCACAAAAAAUACAUGAAUUGUUUGACAAUAUAUUGUGAAAGAAAAUGUAUAUCUGAAGGAUCAGUUGUUGUAUUAAAAUGUGUAAUUAGUCAGUAAACUCAAAAUCAAUAUUUCAUUUAGUAAGAAAUGUCUAUUUGAGAAAAAAGGAAUUCAUACAUGAGACCUACUCAAAAUGUUGAACUUAUGUCUGUCCGAAAGAAGCUCAACCAUAUGCUGAAAAUGUUCAUGGAAAAUUAUAUUGGAAUCAAGCCUGUGUGUUUACAUAUUCAGUGUAUGUGUUAAAGUAGCAGAUAUUUUACAACUUGCUUCUUUUUGCUUCUUAACAAAAUUGAAAUCCUCAAAAAGAUGGAAGUAAUUUUGCCACGUCAUUUGCAUACAGAAAUUAUUUUGCUGUGAGCAACUGCAUAGUAUUUACUGCUGGGUGGAGAAAUUCACAACAUUAAAGAUUCCAAACUGGAACUCUGCUUUAAAAUGUGUUGAAAUGUUAUUUGAAUAGCCUCAUUGGGUGUGC